GUUUUUGUAAUACAUAUAAGUAAUUAACAUUCCUCGCUACGCAUGUGUUAUUCUGGGUUGGACUUGAAGGGGGCAGUAGUGAGUUUUGAAAACUCGGGCCAGCCGUCCAGCAAAGGAAGAGACUCAAGACAUGUGAUGACUUUGGUAUGAUAUUGAUGUAAGGAAGGUGUAGCCGAGAUGAACACAUUACGAACAACAUUUUUGCGCUUUACGGGGAUUCCGAGUUUGUGUUGGAGUAAUGGUCCUCACUCUACCAUGUUCAGCUGCAGUCAGCUACGGUCUGUCAGUUCCUUGGUUCUGUCAAGGACAGGAGCAGAGCGGAAACCUGUCCUACAAGCAACCAUGAACACCAAAGCAGAGGGAGCUUGUGUUUUCCAGCAGCCAUCCUGGCACUAUCAACAAGUCCGCACAGUCAAACGUGGGACAGAAUAUCAGCCGAAGAACAUCAAACGAAAGAGGACCCAUGGGUGGAUCAAAAGAAUAAGCAGUCCUGGUGGGAUCGAAGUCAUCCUACGCCGAAUGCUCAAAGGGCGGAAGUCCCUCACACAUUGAGACUCUGACCGGACAGUUGCUUUGAUAGACCUUUGAAGUGAAUCUCAGUUGAAUGUCAGCUGUGCAGUAGAGCUUUUGAGUUUCUAUUGAAAAUAGUUGUCAAAUUAAAGCACUUCAUGCACAAUAACUCCAA